GCCAAUCACACACAGCCUUGUCACUCAAAAGAAGGGAAAAGAACAAGAUUCUCUGCACUCAAUUUCAGCACAAUGACAUCUGCACAGUUUGUCCUCUAUCUGACAUGUUUGUUCUUGGGGAGAAUGGGUCAGGUGACUAAUCAGAAAUUCUCUGUUCAUCAAGACACACGUUUUGUAUCAGCUAAUGUGGGUGAAAGCUUGACUUUACGAUGUUUCUAUGAAGGGGAUGAUGUAACAAGGCUUUACUGGUACAAACAAAUUCUGGGACAGAAACCAAGGCUCAUCUCAACCCUGUAUGUCUUUAAUAGAAAGGGAAGUUUUCAUGAUGAAUUCAAGAACAAUCCACGCUUCACACUGGAUAUUGGAAAAAGUAAAAAUAACUUGAAGAUAACAGAUCUGCAUAUUUCAGACUCAGCUACGUACUACUGUGCAACAAGGCUUUCAUUAAUUAUCGAAUUUGCAGAAGGAACUAUUGUCAAUGUAAAGGAUUCAGAUUUGAACAUCCAGGCUUGGGUCCAUCAGUCAGAAUCUGAGACCAUCCAGUCAGGAGGCUCUGUGACUCUCAACUGUACAGUACACACUGGGACCUGUGAUGGAGAACACAGUGUUUACUGGUUCAAAAGCUCUGAAGAAUCUCAUCCAGGACUCAUUUACACCCAUGGAGACAGGAAUGAUCAGUGUGAGAGGAAACACAACACACAAACACAAACCUGUGUCUACAACUUGCCAAUGAAGAACCUGAGUCUUUCUCAUGCUGGGACCUACUACUGUGCUGUUGCCUCAUGUGGACACAUACUGUUUGGAAAUGGGACUAAGCUGGAUAUUGAGGGUGAGAUGGACUCUCUUGUCUUGGUGUAUGUCUUGAGUGGAGCUCUGACAGUCACCACCAUCCUGGUUAUUUUACUGGCUCUCUUAAUUUACAAGAUGAACAAAACACACAGCUUGAAAUCGGGGACAGAGUCGCAAGCAAGAUCUUCAUUCCCCUCCACAGCAGAAGCAGAGGGUUACCAAGACGCACACAACCUCCAUUAUGCUGCUUUAAGUAUUGACCUGCCCAACAGAUCAAGAAGACAGAGGAACAACACCAAAGAUGAAUGUGUGUACUCCAGUGUUAGGCAGUAGAAUGUUACCUUUUUACUUUGUGAAUAAGAUGGCACAUUCUUGGAAUCUCUUUCAGUGUGCAAUGUACAUUUAUAUGUAGAUCUUAAAAUAAAUAAUAUUAAUAUUAUAUCUUAAUAUUUUUGCUGUGUAGAGUUUCAAAUAUAGAUAUGUGUCCAAGAGCAGCUGAUGAAAGAAAAAAAUAAUAUGGACUCAAAAAUGCCAUCUACUUUUUGUCUCUGGGAAUGUCAGUAUAAAAUUUAAGCCAAGCAGUUUCUAUCACAUCACACUGAUGAUCACAGCCACAUGUCUACCUGUAUCAAAAAUAAAAAUGCCAGACUUGAGAUGAAAGACAGAAGAUGUUGUGUUCAGUUCCCCAGUGUUUUGGAUGGAGACACUGGGGGAGAACAGUUGCAAACACAUGAUCCUGAGAAUUAUUAGUGGACACAAUUCUUCUGUGUGAAAUGUUUUCAACAUGACGGCAUCCAACACUGAUUUACACUGCAAUAGUGAUAGUGUAGAAUACUUGAGAAGUGACAAAUUUGAUGUGCAUGUGAACAUGGAGGUUUUUGUGGAUCUUUUGCGACAGUCUGGUUCUGACAGUGCACAUCAUUCGUUCAAUGAAAGAUCACAGGUAUAACAGAUACCUGCUGCUUUCAGAUGGCUGUAAAGAGAGUCACCAGUGUCUAUUUUGUAUGUGUGUGUCUGUGUGACCAAAAUAUUAUGGAACAAAAAUGCACUGAGCAGGUAGUGGAUCAUGACAGGCACACUCUCUCUCGGCACCAGGAUUUCCUCACACUGUGCCACAUGGUGAGUAAUUGUAGUCGAAGAAAUAACCUCAGUACUCCACAGAAAAUACAAGUUCACUGGUGUAGUGCUGUGAGAACCAUGACAGAAACAAAUGGUAUUUGGUCUUCUAUGUGCACUGCGUGUCAAAUAAU